UCUUUUGGUUACUCUCUCAUUUUUCAAUUAAAAAAAGAAAAAAAAGAAAAGAAAGAGAAAGAGAAAUGGUAUGAGAGACAGAGAAGCAGUGAGUGUGGGACUCGAAGACUUUUCUCUCUGAGAAGCUCCAAAUCAAGCACCAAUUAUUCCAAUCUCUGCGAUAUAUUUCUGAGCAAGUUUGCGGAAAAAGGGAUCUCUUUGAGAUUAAUUAAGAUCAGUUCCAUCAUGGGUGAUGAAGACACGGUGGCUAAUGGCACCGAAACAGUAGCAAACGGUAUUAGCAAGCCGCAGGAAACCAGUGAAGCUGUGAGUGAGAAGAAAUGUGAGGAGAAGGUGGGUAUCAAAGAAAUGGAUGAAGAUAAGAAAAGUGAUGAGAAAGAUGGAGUUGAGAAAAUGGAUGAAGAUCUAGAGGUCAAUGGAAGCAAAGAUGAAAAAGUGAAAGAAGAAAAAGAGGAACCCAAAGUUGAGGAGAUUGAAGACAAAACUGGGGAUCAAGAUAAGAAAGGUGUUGAGAAAGCUGAAGUUGGAAAAAUGGAUGAAGACAGACAGGCAAAUGGAAGUAAUGGUGAAAAAGUGGAAGAAGAAACUGAUCCAAAUGAAAAAGAGAAGACCAACGAAAACUCUGAAGAAAAGAAGGAAAUUGAAGUAGAAGAAAAGAAAAUUGACGAGACUAAUGAAGUGGAAGAGAAGGCAGAAGAAAAGGAAGAAGAGAAGGCAGAAGAGAAGGAAGAAGAGACGGAAGGAGAGAAGGCAGAAGAGAAGGCAGAAGAGAUGGAAGAAGAGAAGGACGAGGAGAUGGAAGAAGAUAAGGAAGAAGAGAAGAAGGAUGAGGAGAAGAAAGAAGAGAGAGAAAAGAGGCUAAGGGGGCUAAGAUCGAAAAAGCGUGGACAACAGAGUGGAGAGAAAACUAAAAGUAAGGAGAAGAAAAAAAAAGUGUUAAAAAAGGAGCCGGAGCCAAGGACUCCUGCUAUUGAUCGUCCUGUACGUGAGCGGAAAUCAGUUGAAAGGCUGGUGGCAUCUAUAGAAAAAGAUACUACCAGGGACUUCCAAAUAGAGAAGGGAAGUGGUACAGCACUGAAAGACAUACCCAAUGUGGCCUUCAAGUUAUCAAGGAAGAAAAUGGAUGAUACCCUCAAACUACUUCAUACAAUUCUUUUUGGGGGAAGGAGAGGAAAGGCAGUUCAGGUCAAGAGUAACAUAUCCAGGUUUUCUGGUUUUGUGUGGCAUGGAAAUGAGGACAAGCAAAAGAGUAAAGUAAAAGAAAAAAUGGACAAGUGUAAUAAAGAGAAGUUACUGGAAUUUUGUGAUCUGUUUGACUUACCAACCGCCAAAGCUACUUCUAAGAAGGAGGAUAUAGUUGCGAAGCUGAUAGACUUUUUGGUUGCACCUCAUGCGACCACUACUGUGGUACUUGGAGAAAAAGAGCAGUCGAGUAAGGGCCAAAAGCGCAAGAGGGCAGCUAAAGGCAGUUCAUCAACAUCUGGGGGCUCAAAGCGGUCAGGAAAGAGUCGUAGGAAGAAUGAUGAUGAUUCAAAAUUGGAGGAUAAGAGUACACCAGAUACAGAAGACGAGUCGGAGGAAGAGGAGAAAGAAGAAGACGAUGAAAAGGUAGAGGAGGAAAUGGAAGAUGUAGCUCAAGAAAAGUCUGAGGAUGAGAUGCCUGAGCAUUCAGAUAGUGAAGAGAAACAUGAUCCUUCAGAUGAUUCUGAAGAAGAAGUGGAAAAAAAGAAGCCACGUUCAAAAUCAUCAUCCAGAAAGAAGGAAUCUGCUGGAAAAGCUAAAACUAAAAAAGCUACAGUUUCUCCUAAAUCUACUCCACCAGCUAAUAAACCAAAGAAGUCAACACCAAAACGCACUCCAGUUGAUGAUGACAGUGACACGAGUCCAAAGCCAUCCUCAAGGAAGAAGAGAACUGAGCGAGUGUCAAAAGCCUCAACUCCAACAAAAUCUGCCUUGAAAGAAAAAACUGGGAAAAAAGUUGCUAAAGGGAAGGACAAGACCAAGGAGGAAAAAUUGAGGCCAAGUGAUGAUGAGUUGAGAGAUGCAAUAUGUGAGAUUCUCAAAGAAGUUGACUUCAAUACGGCUACUUUCACCGACAUUCUGAAGCAUCUUGCUCGGCAAUUUGAUACUGAUCUCAGCGUGAGAAAGUCAUCUAUAAAGGUAAUGAUCCAGGAAGAGCUUACCAAAUUAGCUGAUGAGGCGGACGAGGAAGAUGGAGAUGAUGCCGAGAAAGAUGAACCCCAGUCUGCUGGGGAGGUGGAAGUUUGAACAAGAAAGAUGGUACAUGACUGCAUGGAACGGAAAUAGUAUAGCUGUUAUCUUUCUUUUCUUACCCGCUUUUGACUUACCUUGUUCAUGCAUGUAAUAUUUAGUUUAUCCCAGUAAGCUGGCUGUAAUUUAAUUUUGUGCUCCAUUUGCUGGCAAGUAAACUAGUGAAGUUAAACCAGUGGAUGUGGAGGUAUGCUCAAGUUAUGCUCUGCAGGAUUGCUUCUUGCUAUGUAUACAUUAACAUAAAUUUGUAGGAAUUUUACUGUAUAAUUUAACCAACCUUCUUUGGAUGACA